ACCACCAGGAGGACAUGACGGCAGUCAUAUGGUGGCGCUAAAGCACCUCCUUAUCAAACCCGAUUAAGUCAAAACGAAGAAGAUAGACCGGCGUACCGAUGACAGGAGAAACAUGUCGACUCUGAUGGUUUUUGAUUUUGAUCACACUGUAGUAGAUGACAACAGUGACACCUGGGUGAUCAAAUGCCUUCCAGAUCAGACUCUUCCUGACUCUGUGAAGAACUCAUACAGAAAAGGCCAGUGGACUGAGUACAUGGGCAGGGUAAUGAACCAUAUAGGAGAGCAGAAGGUUGGCUGUGACCGGAUCCGCAGUGUGAUGGAGACCAUCCCCUUCACCGACGGAAUGACAGACUUGCUGACAUUUAUAUCGGAAAAUAAACGUGCUAUUGACUGUAUUGUCAUCUCCGACUCUAACACCAUCUUUAUAGACUGGAUCCUGAAGGCGGCAGGUCAUCGGACCGCUGUCGACCUGGUAUUCACCAACCCGGCCAGGUUCAAUGAGUCAGGCUUCAUGGAGGUAGAGUGCUAUCAUUCUCAUGACUGCCAGAAAUGCCCUGUCAACCUCUGUAAAAGAAAGGUCUUGGAGCAGUACCUGUCCGAGCAAGCCAAUGGAGGCAGGAAGUACCAGCAGAUCUUUUAUGUGGGAGAUGGUGGGAACGAUCUCUGUCCUACUUCUUGUUUGAGAGCAAGUGAUGUUGUCAUGCCCAGGAAGGGGUAUACUCUGGAAAAAUUGCUGGCCAGACUUGAAGCUCAUAACGGUGACAUGCCUCUUCAAGCCAAAGUCAUUUCUUGGAGCAGUGGGUCAGAUAUCUUACAGGAGCUAAAAGCAAGAAUGCAGUAACAAAUAAGGCUUGUAUAGUGAUCAACAUCUUAGUUGUAAUGGACAUGUCGCACUUAUUACACAGAAUAGAUUAUUGAACCGGUCAUUGUUCUAAUUUUCAACUGUAACAGUAAUUUUUUUAUUUCAAGAUUUUAAACCAACUGUACAUAACAAGAUAACAGCGUUUUUUUUUAAACUAAGUUAAACUAAGUUCUGAAAAGGGAAGAUAUGUUAAAUUGUAGGUUUCUGAAUCUAGCUAUAUUACAUAUUAACCACAAAAACAGUGUUUCUAAGAGUACAAAAAAAGUCUAUCAAAUUUAAGGAACGGUUUACAUCUGUUCAUUUUUGCACAUGUAAUGGAAUCUAAGGGAAGAGUUCUGGGAUUUUAUUCAGGUGUCUCAUUGACAGCUUGUAUUGUAUGGAUCGACUAGCGGGUUUCUAAACCUCUUCAACAGCCACUUAGAGGGAAAAUCGAUUUGAGAUUGAACUACUGUGAGAGGUAUUUUUUUUACAGUCAAUGUUUUUUCAUACAACUCUAAUGAUCACAAUAAAAUCAGAAUAACCAAGUA